UGUUUUUUGGUGCGACUCUGGUGAUUAUUGCCGUCCAUGUCCAACAAUUCAUCUCAUGCCACGAAAGAAACGAUGAAAGAUGUUAUUCUUUAUUGUUUGCUGUAGCAUCGUCUUGGUAGCAUCAUGCUUAUUGUAUAAAAUUUUAUGUGCCCUCAACGUCUCAAUAGACGAACUACGAAUAGUCGAUGCGGGGAUCCCACUUCCAGAUUGCAUUCUACAGGCUGUCACUGUACAUUGCGGUCAGUGGAAUUGGAUGCCAACUUUGUGUAGAGUUUACUUUGUUGGCAUUAUUGAAACAAUCUACAUCACCGUCUGCAAAAGAAUUUUGCCCGAUAGAGUAUUCAAUCAGAAAACAAAGACAGGCAAUACGGCUGUUGUAGGUGAUUCAGCAAGCAGCUUUGUCAACCUUCCAGUAGCCGUCAUAGUAGGAGCCGAUUCAGGUAUUGGUGUCGAAAUAUGCAGUGAAUUGUUGAAAAACGGAUUUCGUGUCAUUGUUGGUAGCCGUUCCCUAAAAGCAUGUCACGAUGCCUUGACUUUUGUCAAAAAGGCCACUGAAUCCGACAAGUUACAUAUCUUAAAGGUUGAUUUCACAUCAUUUCAAUCUGUGAGAAACUUUGCCGACAAGGUGAAGCUUUACUUGCAAGACAAACGCAUUAGAUUACUUAUAAAUAACGCUGGUGUAAUGAACACUCCAUUCUCAACAACUAUUGAUGGUUACGAAUCACAGUGCCAAAUUAACUAUCUGGCACCAUUCCUUUUGACAAAAUUGUUACUGCCCUCAAUGGACACAAUGGAGGGCCGCAUAUUAUUUGCAUCAAGCUCAACCAUCUACGCGAUCAACAAUUUAGAUACGAACAUGCCGAUCAGAAAGUACGGACUCAAUGGCCUUGAUCACUACGCAUACAGUAAAGCUUGCAUCGCCCAGCUUGCAAAGCAUAUGUCUCGUACGACGCCUAUUAAAGUAUUUGUAUACCAUCCAGGCACAGUGCGAACAAAACUAUUCCAGCAUACUACCAUUUUUACACUACCGCUUUUGUCCAAGAUCUUUGAUUUCAUUAUGCUUUCACCAAAGGAAGGUGCUGAAACGCCUUUGUAUCUCUGUUUAACACGAGAUAACGUUGAAAGCGGUGCUUACUGGGCGAACAAACACAAUUAUCACAUCCCAUCAGUUACCAUUAACAAUUUAUGGGAUAGAACAGAUCUUUUGUGGGAGGAUACAAUGCUUAAAUGCGGUUUGACUCGACAUGAAUAGUCCGGCCAGAAAUGAUCUUAUUCAACAUUCUCUUAUAAUACUUACCUUACGAUAUUUAUGUACGUUUAUAAACUUUAACGUUUGAAGCGCAAAGCCACGUCUCUGCAAACAUCGUUAUGCAAACACAACAUUAGAAUUGUUUCCCGAUAAGAUUUGACACCCAUUAAUAGAAAAAAACAUUCUAUGCUUAAUGUACAUUCAUUUCGUUCAUUCCCUAUUAUCCAUAUUUUUUAUCAAUAAAACCAUCCAUUUCUUCG